AUGGCUCACAGGGCAUUAGUUAAGAUUGUGAUCACUGGUACCAGAGUGCUGGGGCAUGCUUUCGCAGAAGCAUAUAGGCAGGCAGCGGCACAGUCGGCUGCUAAACAAGGUGCGUCUGCUAUGGGUCGUAAUAAGACUGGAAGAGGUAAUGCUGCUGCAGAAUAUGGCGGGAUUACACUGGAUGAGAGUUGUAAAAUACUAAAUUUAGAUGCUGCAAAGGAUUUAAAACUUGAUAAAGUUAAUCAAAGAUUUGAUUACUUAUUUAACAUCAACGACAAAGAGAAGGGAGGUAGUUUUUACCUACAAAGUAAAAUAUAUAGGGCCUCUGAGCGUCUAAAAUGGGAGUUAGCACAACGAGAGAAAGAAGCUGCAGAAGAAAAGCUACCUAAAGCGGAAGAUGCCAGUGAAGAUACUGGUGAAAAAUCGCCUCCAUCGUCGUGA